CAAAUUCCUGCUUGACUGUCUGUGAAGGGGCGACAUUUCUCAAGGAAGCUGAGGGAAAAUAAAGCUGGAGUUAAAAUAGCACUUAUCCGCGACGUUCGAUUCGACUUGUUACAUUGUUGCCGCUAAACAAGUAUAAAGAAGAUACAUUGUAACAACUCACCGAGGAGCGCUCUCACAGAGUAACCACUCCAAGAACACUAGCGACGAGACGCGCAACUUAUUAUCAACUUUUCGCUGACAGCGAGGAAUUCACGCCAAAUCGCGACCUGUCGAGACAUUUGACGGAUACAAUUUCGUGUAAAACGAUAUAUUGUCGUUGCAACAGUACUUGACCAGAUAUUACAGAUCAGAUUGAGGCAUGGAAAUAAUGGAAAGUGGUGAGCCGUUUUUACAGUGGGACAGAAAUCUCAGUGAAUUGUCAGAUGCCGGGGAUAACGACAACAUGUUAUACAGCACUCACUUCACUGAGCUCCUGGAUGAUCUGUCUCAAGAGGCUUUGUUUGGGCAGUUGUUAAGUGACCCGUUCCUGUCCGGGCGUGGUGAUGCUAUGGACACAGAGGAGGAACUGACCCCUGCCUCUCCAGUGCCGCCGCACAUCCAGGCCGAGCACAGUUACUCGCUGUGUGGAGACUCGCGUCCGCAGUCGCCCCUCUCCCAUCUACCCGGAGAACCUGGCAGUGAUGCUGGUGAUUCGGACAAUGAUGAUUGGUCCAUGGAGCAGGAAGAUCGGGAGCUUAAGAUUGAGCCUCUCCUGGGUGGCCCGCCCACCCUGCUGCCCACACUGACCCUCACAAUGAUACCCGAGGGCCCAGCAUCUGAGCCUGUGACUACAGCGAGUGACCCCACCCUCUCAAUGACCCUUCCUCACACUGCACAGAUUAAACCACCCAAUGUAAAGGAGGACAGUAAGUGUAUCAGCCCUCAGAUUAAGCUGGAGCCACAUGAGGUGGAUCAGUUCUUAAACAUCACACCUAAAGCGCUGGAGUCUCUGCAGAUGCCACCCACUCCUCCCAGCUCUCAUGGCAGCGACUCAGAGGGAAGCCAGAGCCCUGUCCACCCCUGUGCCCCCGCAAGCCCAACACAGACCCCUGCUGUCCUCAAGGUGGCGCCAAGAGUCCCAUCUUCUCUCUCAAACUCUCCUCUGCUGACAGCACCACAUAAACUGCAGGGUUCAGGUCCUCUCCUGCUCACUGAGGAGGAGAAACGCACACUGAUUGCUGAAGGAUACCCAGUUCCUACUAAACUGCCACUGUCUAAAUCUGAGGAGAAAGCCCUCAAGAAGAUUCGCAGAAAGAUCAAGAAUAAGAUUUCAGCACAAGAGAGCCGCCGGAAAAAGAAGGAGUACAUGGAUGCUCUAGAAAAGAAGGUGGAGACAUGCUCUAGUGAGAACAAUGAGCUGCGCAGGAAAGUCGAAACUCUUGAGUGCACCAACAAGUCUCUGUUGCAGCAGCUGCACUCGCUGCAGGCAGUAGUGGCAGGAAAGGUCCCGCGUUCCUGCAGAGUGACGGGCACACAGACCUCCACAUGCCUCAUGGUAGUGGUCCUGUGUUUCUCUGUGUUUUUGGGGAGUUUCUACCAAGGUUUAAGCCCCUGUUCAUCUGUCACUAAAACAGGCCUGACCAGAGAGAUUUCCAUACAAGAGUCCUACACCGCUACAGUGAAAUCUCGGAACCUGUUGGCCUUUGAGGAGCAUGGUGGUCUGGAUGACCCCCAUUUCAUCGGGCUAGGUGGAGAAUAUCCUGAAUGGGACCAGCAGGCUGACGUCAUGGCAGCCUGGCGUUUGGAACAGCAACACAAACAGGAACAGGCGGAGUCACAUGAAGCAGAGCCACACCCACUUUUAAUGAACACCAAUGAAACACAAAAGUCUAUUCUUAUAGACCUGCACUCACACAGGUCAGAUAAAUGGUCAAACGAAACCACAAAAGUGAUAGAGUUGGAGAGGACCGUCAAUGAGACGUCCUGAAACCUGGCUGGUCCUCGUCCCCAAUCUCCUCUCUCCCUUUCCCCUGCAGUGGCGGGGCGAUAGGCUCUGUAUUUAUAAAUAUACUUUAAGUAUUGUUUUACUUAAUUUGGAUGUCUUUUUUUUUUUUUUUUAAAGAUAAAUACAAAAAAACAAAAACAACAUUUUAUUCCAUUCCAACAGAAUAUCAGAUUUUGAUUUCUUCUUUUUAUAUGCUUUGAGUUUAUUUUAAUGCUAUUAAUUUGUUUUCUUUCUUCUUUUUUGCCUAUUAGCCCCAUGCUACUGAGAAUGUGUAAUAAUAUAUUGAAAUUGCAUCUAUUUUCAUAGUUACACAAUGAUGCGGGCUGUAGUGCUGGUAUAAUGGUAUCAUGUAGCAUGUCUAUCAAAGAGGAUCUUCAAAAUGUCUUUCUCUUCAUGUAUCCAAAGAUUCUUCAAAAUAAUGUAAAUAUUCAGACUACGUUAACAAAUUGGACAAAAGAAUAGGCUAAAAGUCCCAUGAACAAAAAAGGCGUUUACAUUUGGAAGGUGGCAGCUUUCCAAAGCAUUUAAAAACGGUUCCUCUGAAUAUGUAGUCUCACUUUUGUCAUUUGUAAAUAUUUGCUGUAUCCUCUAUUGUAACGUGGGGGAGAGUUGCUGGGAGAGAUAGGAGUUAAUGAGUUUUAUAUCAAUGGAGAUGUUUUUCAUAGAGGGCAAUAAAGUGGGACAAUAUGGACAUGAAAUGAAAAGGAUGGACGCUUUCCAUCCCUUGAAUAUGCGCUCCAUAGUCCUUCAUAUGACGUUGUCCUCUUUUAUUUGGUAUAAGGUCUUAACAGGACAGAUGGCUCUUUUUGUCCUCAGCUGGCCACCAUCCAAACCCUGCCUGUGCUCUUCUGAGGUAAAGGGUGCUCCCUGACAAGUCUAGUGUUCUCUAUAUGAAUAGUUAUGACAGCCACUGGACCGAUGAGCAUCUGGGCUUGUGGUGAACUUACUUGCACUGUGUCCCCAUAGAAUUGAUCUGUUAUUUAUUAUUUUUAGCAUGCCCGCAACCCUUUUAUAUCCUGGAAACAAGUGCAUUUUAAAGGAGAUGGUUUUGCCCUGAUGUGUUCAGAUGUUUGGAUUGUGUUGGAAAAUUGUUUGCAUAUGACUGUGCAUGACCAUUUCUUCUGUAUUUGUUGUGGCAUAGUAUAUGAGUGAUUUAUGAAUAAUCUCACUCUUUGAAGAUACCUGCAGUAUGUCUUAAUAAUAUUACAGUUACGGCUGUAAUCACUUUUCAUUGCAUUUCGGCUCUGAGAAAUUACCCUCCUGCAAUUACACUGCCUUGUUUUUGUCCUGCUUUUUUGCAACGCAAAUAAAUAUUUUCCGUAGUAAAAGCAUUAUAAAUCAUGAGUCUGAGCCAUUAUU